GAGUCUGAAUGUGGGCUCGACCAAGGAGUGGAUUUUGAUUGGAUAAUCAAAAAUGAGGGCGAUGGAUCACAACUGGAGGAGCAGCUUGCUACUGGGCUGCUCUCAAUUGCCAAAGAAAAGGUGAAAGGGGACAUUACACAGCUGUAGGAACUUGCUGAAAGCUCUUGUUGGAAAGUGUAGUUGGGUAUACAUUACACUAUUUUCUGUGAAAAUCCUAGAACACCUUUGAUACACAGGAGCAGCAGAAAGUGAAUAUGUAGUAUUUAUUUCUCUACGGUGUUCUGUACUAUCAACUACGUAGCAUGGCAAGAAUACUAAAAUCUGAUCAAACGUGUACGGUGUGCAUAUUGGCACUGACCGAUAUGUGAAUAUACAUGGAUCACACACACAGGUAACUGCCAAAAUAAAAUAAACACUUGAGAAAAAUGAAGGAAACAAAGUAUAUUGAAAGCUGGUGCUUCCACAUAGGUGUGGGUCAUGAGUUAAGCAAUUAAAACAUCAUCAUGCUUAGGGUGAUGUAUAGAAAUUAUUUUGGCUAACAAAGCUAGAAGAGAUGUGACUGUCAUUCAUCCAAUAAAGUUCACCACUGGAAUAGAUYCCAAGGUGCAUUGAAGCUUUUCUGGUGGCACAAUGCCCUAUUAAGACACUUUGGGGCUUCCUUUAUUUUGGCAUUUUCCUGUACUUAGUGAUGUCAACACAGGAGGCAAAUUUCACCAAGACCCAAUGUACAGAUUAAGUCAACAUCUGCAGUUGUAUAAAAGUGUCAAAUAGUGCCAUGUGUCAUUUUGUUUUUUAUAGUCCUAGAUUGUAAAAUAGUUAACUAGGCUACUAGAAAGUAUASUUUUAAUUGUAAAUAGCUAGACGAUUAACUGGAAACCCAGAACGUGCACAUAUGCUGACCCAUGGUAAAAUUAGCACAAUACUGCAUUACACACCCAUUCAACAUAAUUAAAAUGUACUAGACAGACAUGAUCAAUGUUCUAAUAGCAGGGUAAGUGUUAGUUCAUAAAACAUUUUAAAGUAGACAUGGAGGGAACAGCACCUAGAUUGGAGUGGUGUCAAACUGAAGGGGAAAAAAUCCAAUAAAAUUGGAAUGUCAAUACAAA